AUGAAAAACAAGCCAGUCAUUUCGCUUUGAAAUUUUAUUCCAGAAUCAAAUUGAAUAUCUCAAAAAAGAAUAAUGAUGGGUCCCGAUUUUGACUUAACCGACACACCGGUCAGCACUGGCACUACCAUUAUGGCUGUGGAAUUCGAUGGAGGCGUUGUAGUUGGUGCCGACUCACGCACAAGCUCAGGCGCCUAUGUUGCCAAUCGUGUGACGGACAAGCUAACACGCAUAUCCGACAAUGUUUACUGCUGCCGGAGUGGCUCCGCUGCCGACACACAGGCUAUAGCCGAUAUAGUGGCCUAUUCGCUAAACUAUCACCAGAAUCAGACCGGCAAAGAACCUCUGGUGUGGGAAGCUGCCUCAGAGUUUCGCAACUUUUGUUACAACUAUCGCGACUCGCUGUUAGCUGGCAUUAUAGUGGCUGGCUGGGAUGCGGAGAAGGGUGGUCAGGUUUACAGCGUACCACUUGGCGGCAUGUUGACUCGUGAAGCCUGCACCAUCGGCGGCUCUGGCUCAAGCUUCAUUUAUGGCUUUGUCAAAGAGCAUUAUCGUCCAGGCAUGCCUCAGGACGAGUGUGUUGAUUUUGUGCGUAAGGCUGUACAGCAUGCUAUUUAUCAUGAUGGCAGCUCCGGUGGCGUUGUGCGCAUUGGCAUCAUUACCAAGGAUGGCAUAGAGCGCCGCUUGUUCUACAACACCGAAUCAGGCCAGUCAACAAUUGAGGGCUCACGUAGUUUUAUAGAAUAAGUAAUGAAAUGAAUUCUAAAUUCAGCGAAAAAUAAUAUUUUUGGUGUUUUAUAUAUUAAUA